UUUUUUUUUCGGCAAAGGAUAACCUACGUUACCGUUUUGGGGUGUACUCUUUUCCGGUAGCUUUGUGGAUUUUUGUGAAUAUUUGUAUUUAAACUGCAGAUAACUUGCAAAAAGGAAUUGUGUGAAUACACUCAAAAUAUGAAUUGAAUUUGAAAUUUUUGAUUACCAUUAAAGAAAUAAAUAUCAAGAUGCUUGGUAUAGGAAAGAAAUCGUCAAAUAGGUCCGAGGAACAGCUUACUCUGCUCACAUUCUCUAUUUUAACUUUGGCAUCAAUUUUAUCCUUUGCUACUAGAUUAUUUUCUGUACUGAGAUUUGAAAGUGUUAUUCAUGAGUUUGAUCCAUAUUUCAAUUAUCGAACUACAAAAUACUUAGCUGAAAAUGGUUUCUAUGCAUUUCACAAUUGGUUUGAUGAUAGAGCUUGGUAUCCAUUGGGCAGAAUUAUAGGAGGAACUAUCUAUCCAGGCCUGAUGGUAACAUCAACAAUUAUUUAUAAACUUUGCUGGUUUCUCAAUAUUACUGUAGAUAUCAGAAAUGUUUGUGUUUUUUUGGCACCUCUGUUUUCAUCAUUUACAACAAUCAUUACAUACUUACUAACUAAAGAAGUCAAGAAUGAAGGUGCUGGACUAGUUGCAGCUGCAUUGGUAUCUAUUGUACCCGGUUAUAUAAGUAGAUCUGUUGCUGGAAGUUAUGACAAUGAAGGAAUUGCAAUUUUCUGUAUGCUUUUCACAUAUUAUACUUGGAUAAAAGCUGUUAAAACUGGAACAAUUUAUUGGGGAACACUUUCAGCUUUAGCAUAUUUCUAUAUGGUAUCUUCUUGGGGAGGUUAUGUCUUUCUCAUAAACCUUAUACCUCUUCAUGUUUUGACACUAAUGGCAACUGGACGUUUUUCACAUAGAGUUUAUGUUGCAUAUAGUACACUUUAUUGUUUAGGUACCAUUCUUUCAAUGCAAAUUUCAUUUGUUGGAUUUCAACCAGUACAAAGCUCAGAACAUAUGUUGGCUUUAGGAGUAUUUGGUUUGUGCCAAAUAAUGGCUUUUGUGGAUUACCUUCGAAGCAAAGUUACCAAAUCAGAUUUUGAAGCUCUUUCAACAUUCUUGAUGUACACUGUGGGGUUGAUAUUCCUAGCAGGAAUUGGAAUACUGACUCUUUCUGGAAAAAUUUCCCCCUGGACUGGUCGAUUCUAUUCCCUCUUAGAUCCCUCAUAUGCUAAAAACCACAUUCCAAUAAUAGCCAGUGUUUCGGAGCAUCAACCAACAUCUUGGAGCUCAUUUUAUUUCGAUCUGCAGAUUUUAGUUUUCCUAUUUCCAGCAGGAUUGUAUUUUUGUUUCAACCAACUGACUGAUGCCAAUAUCUUCAUUAUUUUGUAUGGUAUAAGCAGUAUUUACUUUGCAGGUGUGAUGGUUCGUCUCAUGUUGGUUCUUGCACCUGUUAUGUGCAUUUUGGGAGGUAUUGCAGUAUCCCAUCUUUUAGCCAAGUUUAUGAAAAAUAUAGAGCAACAGAAGCCUCAAGAAAGCCGUAAAAAGCAACGCCUUGAAUCAAACCAUAUUCUCAAAAAUGAAAUAUCUUUAAGUUUUGUUGGAAUAGUUUGUGUCUUGUUCAUUUCCUACACCUUUCACUGUACUUGGGUUACAUCGGAAGCGUACAGUUCCCCUAGUAUUGUCUUAAGCGCACGAUCUUAUGAUGGAGGAAGGAUUAUUUUCGACGAUUUUAGAGAAGCCUAUUACUGGUUGAAAAUGAAUACUCCCGAAGAUGCUAGAAUCAUGUCUUGGUGGGAUUAUGGAUAUCAAAUAACAGCAAUGGCUAAUCGGACAAUUUUAGUUGAUAAUAAUACUUGGAAUAAUACUCAUAUUUCGAGAGUGGGACAAGCCAUGGCUAGUUCGGAGGACAAAGCUUAUGAAAUUAUGAAAGAAUUAGAUGUCGAUUAUGUAUUAGUAAUAUUUGGUGGAUUAACUGGAUAUUCCUCAGAUGACAUAAACAAGUUCCUAUGGAUGGUUCGAAUAGGGGGUAGCACGGAUCGUGGUGCUCAUAUCAAGGAAUGGGAUUUCUAUUCAUCAAAUGGAGAAUUUAAAAUUAGUAAAGAAGGAUCACCUACCCUUCUCAACUGUUUGAUGUACAAGAUGUGCUACUACAGAUUUGGCCAACUUUAUACAGAAGGUGGUAAACCUCAAGGUUAUGACAGAGUUAGGGGUGCUGAGAUUGGAAAUAAGGAUUUCGAAUUAGAUGUACUAGAAGAAGCUUAUACUACAGAGCAUUGGCUCGUACGCAUCUAUAAAGUUAAAGAUCUUCCGAAUAGGGGAGUGUAAAAAUCACUAAUUUACGGACAUUUACUUUUUUCACUGAUAAUAAAUACUUUUUUAUAUA